CUCAUAUUUCAAUGUUGCUGAUGUGCAGUGGCUAUAUAUCCCCUGAAUAUGCAAUGGAAGGUAGAUUUUCUGAGAAAUCAGAUGUCUACAGCUUUGGAGUUUUGUUGUUAGAGAUUGUAAGCGGGAGAAGAAAUACUAGUUUCUAUGGGAAUGAGCAAGCUUUGAGUCUUUUAGGAUUUGCAUGGAAACUGUGGAAUGAAGGCAACAUUUCAGCUCUAGUAGAUCCAGCAAUAUCUGAUCCGAGUUCGCAGGUGGAAAUAUUUAGAUGCAUACAUGUAGGCCUAUUGUGUGUUCAAGAAUUCCCAGAAGAUAGGCCAACAGCUUCUACUGUCGUUUCAAUGCUGAAUAGUGAAAUUUCUUAUCUUGCAACUCCAAAGCAGCCGCCAUUUGCUGAAAGGAAACACCACUUCAAUGAAGAAAGACCCCAUCAAAACGAAGAAAAGUGUUCCAUCAAUUACGUGACAGUCACAGUUGUUGAUGGCAGAUAAUGAGUUCCCGUCACGAUUAUUUUUCUUGUAACAUGUACUGGUAGACAAUGGAUUUUCAAAGCUAAAAUGUGCAAAUGCUAAAUAUUUUUUAUACUUCCAUUCUAUUAAACCUAGUAUGGCCUUACAAGUUGAUCUGAUAA